AAGCUUCGACAUCCGCCCUGGUUACGGAAGUGACGUCAUAUGUUAACCACCGUGUUUACCGUCGGCGGCUGAACCGUCGUCGUAUAAGUACAGUUAUUGUCACUGUAACUAAAUUAAAUCUAACGGGGACAGUUGCGGAUGGCGGAUCCUACGGUGACAUCGGGAGGUUCCCUGAACUCAGGAGGGCGUGGGGGUGGCAGUAAAGCAGCGUCCAGCCCAGCAGAGAACUACCACCUGGCCCGGCGCCGCACCCUGCAGGUUGUGGUCAGCGCCCUCCUGACCGAGAGUGGCUUUGAGAGCGCAGAGAAGGCAGCAGUGGAGACACUCACUGAGAUGAUGCAGAGCUAUAUAAAUGAAAUCGGCCGCUGUGCCAAAGCUUAUUGUGAACACACAGCCAGAAGCAUCCCGACCCUGUCAGAUACAGUGGUCACACUCAUUGAAAUGGGUUUCAAUGUCGACACUCUGCCUGUAUACGCCAAAAGAUCACAGAGGAUGGUUAUAACUGCCCCUCCAGUGACGAACCCACCUGUGACUCCCAAAGCGCUGUCAGCCGGACAGAAACGCACACAUCCGGCUCACAUCCCGAGCCAUUUCCCAGAGUUCCCUGACCCUCACACCUACAUCAAAACACCCACUUUCAGAGAGCCUGUGUCAGACUACCAAGUGGUGAGAGAGAAGGCAGCAACUCAGAGGAGAGACGUGGAGCGAGCACUCACACGCUUCAUGGCCAAAACCGGAGAAACUCAGAGCCUCUUCAAAGACGACAUCACUGCCUUUCCACUGAUCGCAGCACAGCCGAGCGCCAUCCCAUAUCUCAGCGCCCUCCUGCCCUCAGAACUGGAACUGCAGAGUCUGGAGGAGACCGACUCCUCUGAGCAGGACGACCAGACAGACAGCGAGAACACAACAGGAAACCUCAUGACUGAUGACCCAGGAGCUGACAAGGAGAACUCCAUGCUUCCGCCCAGCGGCGUUGUUCCCUCAGCAAAGGUCAGCGAGGACAACAUGAUCGAUAACCCAUACCUCCGGCCGGUCAAGAAGCCCAAAGUAAGAAGGAAGAAAUGAGCUCGGGCCCACCUCAGCUGAUGGACUCAGGUUUGCCACAGUGACUGGUGCUUGUAGCAGUGCAGUGCAGUGCAAAGGAGCGGAGCAGCCACCGCUCCAACUCAGUGCUGGGACCAGUACUGCCAAUGGCUUUGGCAAACUGACUGGCUUCUGUUGAAGAGAACUUUUUUCUGUUGGGUUUUUUUUUUUUUCAGCAAGCACUCACUUUUUGUAAACAACAUCAUGCUGUAAUAUACAGACACAGUAAUCUGCUCUUUGUAAAUAAAGAAAGCUAAGUUUCUUUUUGUAAACUCUGAGAUAUAAAACUUUUUUGACAUCG